AACAGUGACUAAUCAAAAUCGUACAAAGGAGUGUCUGUGAGGAGAAGUGUUUAAACUUCUGCACGUAGCCGCUUUCUGCACUCUGCAUCUCUCUGGGAUCAGGACGAGCAACAUGACGCAAAUAGACACUAACAUGGCCCUCACACUUGAGGAGCAGUUCAAGUGCUGCAUCUGUCUGGACAUCUACACCAACCCCGCCUCCAUCCCAUGUGGACACAACUUCUGCCUGGACUGCAUCGAAGACUUCUGGGACACGAAGGACAAACCUGACUGUCCGCUGUGCAAGGAGACGUUCAGCACGCGUCCACAGCUCAGGAUCAACAGAGGAUACGCUGAAAUCAUUAAAUUCUUACAUAGGCCACAGAAGGAGGAUGAAGACGCUGCUAUGACACCAGAAAGCACGAAACAAUCCCUAAACCCACUUUCCGAGGCCGGCGAAAUCCCAUGUGACAUCUGCCAAGAAGACAAGUCGCCAUCGGUGAAGUCGUGCAACACUUGCCAGGUUUCUUACUGUGACGUUCACUUGGCUCCACACCUGAGAGACCCACUGUUACAGAGGCACCGGCUGAAGGACCCCACCCUCUUCUCCUCGAGUCAUCUCUGCAGGAUCCACAAGCAGCCGCUGACCAAGUUCUGCACCAAAGACCAGGCCCCCGUUUGUGAUAAAUGCACCGAGAAGGAGCACAAACACCACCAGACCGUGUGCAUGGAGCAGGAGCACAAGAGGGUCAAGACUUGUUUGGAGGACACAGAGUCCAGCAUCGAACAGAUGAUCCACGCCAGACAGAGAAAAAUGGAAGAGAUAACACAAUCAGGGCAUCUAAGCAAAAAUAUCACAGAGUGGGAGAAACAGAGCAGUUCUCAGGUCUGCAGCAUGAUGAUAGCCGUCAUCCAGAAACACCAAGCUGGGCUGGAGGAAGAGCUGGAAGAAAAGCAACAAGAAGCCGAAAAGAGAGCCGACGAGUUGAUCAAAGAGCUGGGGACGGAGAUAAAAGAUCUGCAGGCGAAAAGUGAAGAUCUGCAGAGGCUGGGUCGCUCUCAGAGCCCUCUCUACCUCCUGCAGAGUUUCCCGUCUGCAAGUCUACUCCCACCCACCAGAGAGUGGUCUGAGGUGAUUUUUCACUCAGAUAACUGCAUGGGGACGAUGACAAGAGCCGUGACCAAGCUUAUGGACGUCUGCAAGGAACUGGCGAAAAAACUGUCUGCAGAAGAAGCAGACAAGAUGAAUCAGUACGCAGUUGAUGUCACUCUCGAUCCUGAGACUGCUUCAGGCUGGCUGGUCCUGUCUCCAGACAAAAAGAAGGCGAGCGUCAUCAAGCAGAGGAAGAACACCCCAGACAAUCCUCAGCGUUUUAACCUCUGCGUCAGUGUUUUGGGGGAACAAAGCUUCACAUCGGGAAGACGCUACUGGGUUGUCCAGGUUGCAGAUAAAUCAGAGUGGGAUCUUGGAGUGGCGAGGGAGUCCAUCAACAGAAAGGGGACCAUCACGGUUCGUCCUGACACCGGUUACUGGGCGAUCUCUCUGCGAAAAGGCAGUGAUUUCAAAGCCUGUGCCGGACCCUCGGUCGCCCUGCACCUUCAGGAAACUCCCCGGAAGGUGGGCGUCUUCCUGGACUACGAGGAAGGGUCGGUGUCCUUCUACGACGCAGACGCAAAGACCCACAUUUACACUUUCAGCGAGUGUGACUUCACAGAGCCCCUGUACCCCUACUUUAACCCGUGUCUUCAAAAUGAAGGGAAGAACAUAGCCCCGUUGAUCAUCUGUCCUGUGGAAGCUGUUGAAGGAAUAGUCAGGGAAGACAUUACCAUUGAGACAGCUUUAUGAGGUGUUAUAGGAAAGGAUGAUAGUAAGUGAUGUCAAGAAAUUAGGUUUACAUAUAUAUAUUAUAUAUGAUUCUUUGUACUGUAAUAGUAUUUAACAGUAGCCUGCAACAGGCCAACAAUUAUUGAGUUUUUAUUUUUGUAUAUACUUUUACAGCCUCAACGAUGGCAGCGUGGUUUCUCACAAUUUCUUACAUAAUUAAUUGUUUUCUUUUCAUAGUUUAUCAUUUUGUAUCGUGUAAAUGUUACCAGACAAUUUAUUUUGAUUUAAAUAUUGUUGCAUGAACUGAGAAACAUUAUCCCAUAGACAAAAUGGGAAAUAACAUCUUGAGACACAAAUUGUGAAAUCCGAAAAUAAAUGUCGCAAAUCAAAAACUGUGAAA